AUGCCCGCUCAACGGAGCGAGCAACCUCUCCCCUCGGUCGAGGCACAUACUCAAGCGACAAUCAAAACACUUUUCAAGUUCCUGCACGAACAAGGACAAGGCGAUUAUCUAGGUGAAAAAGUGACUCAACUGGAGCACUCGCUACAAUGCGCACACCUUGCCGCCCAGUCGGCAGAAUACGGACAUGACAUGGAAGUCGUCCUCGCCGCGCUGUUGCACGAUGUCGGGCGGUUCAUCCCUGCCGCCGAAAAAAUGGGCAAGAUGGUUACGCCGGACGGCCACGAAAAGGUGAGCCAGCUUGUCGGGGCGCAUGUCAUGGCGAAGCGGUACUUGGUCACUACUGACCAGAAAUAUCAUGAUGGGUUGAGUGAGACUAGUAAGAGGACAUUGAAGUUUCAGGGAGGCGGAUUCACACCCGAAGAGGCUCGAAAGGCGCAAGAGGAUCCUUUGCUCGAGGCCAAGCUCGCUGUUAGGCGAUGGGAUGAUCUUGCCAAAGUGCCUAAAUGUGUGGUGCCUCCACUGGAAGCUUAUGAAGAGAUGGCUUUUCAGUGUCUUCUUGAGUCUCGAUCAAAGUUCAAGCUCCACUCUAGGGAAUACAUUCUACCAACAAAACCAACAGUGGUGAUUUGUAUUGAUGGCUUUGAUCCGGAGUACCUGCAGUCUGGCAUCGAACGAGAUAACUAUGGUCGAACCCCCAUAUUCGUUGCUCGUCAGCUGAACAACUCGGCUCUUAUCGACCUUCUGCGGGAAGCCCGACGGAAGCAAAAGGAGCAACUUAGGGCAAACGGAGCGUCCGAGUCCGGUAUUUCAAUUCACACUAAUAGUGACACCAUUAUGAGAUCUCUCACACGCACCGAUACGGAAAUCUCAGUCCACAUCCCGCGACCCAUAUGGGCACUUGCAAACUUAGAUCUCAUUGACGAGCUUCGAAGAUUGCAAAAACUGCUCAUAGACCACGGGGCAGAGUUAAACCUUCCCAACAUAUACGGAAGAACGCCACUGCUCCUGACCGCGAUUUACAACGAACCUGAGGUUGCAGCACUCCUGCUCGAGGCUGGUGCAGACAUGAACACUGGAGAUAGUCGGAGAAUGUCUCCUUUGAGCUUUUCCAGCAGUAGUAAUAUUAGCAUAUCCCCAAUGCUCGUUGAGCGCGGCGCUGAUUUGCCUGCUGACCGCUCCAAGUUGAACAACAUGCUUCAUCUUGCCGCUUCAUAUGGCAACGAAGGUGCAGUUCGACGGCUGGUGGCUGCUGGCGCUGGGGUCUGGAGAAAGAACUUUUAUGGGAUGACCCCGUUUGCUUUGGCAAAGAAAUACAAUCAUGAGGGAGUUGCAAAUUUGAUUUUGGAGCUCAGUCAGUCAUCACAGGCGAGGGCAUCAACUGAUCCGGAGACAACGCUGCAUCAGAAUGUUUGGAUUGAUGUGCAACUUACAGACAGAGCGAACGAAGCCACUCAGCCUAAGUUGGAAAGUGAGAAAGUCCUUACUUCUUCAACUUCUCAAAGUGGGCCGCGUGAUACGCCGAAUCUUGUGCCGCCCUUUUUCAUGAUAAAAUAUAUCAUAAUUGCCCAUCUGGUCUACUUUGCACAUGAGUUGGUGAUGAUUGAUGAGGAUGGUCAGUGUUCCGUGGGUUAG